CGGGCGGCAAUUUUCAAAACACCUGCAUGCCGAGGACUGAGGAGUGGACAGCAACACUCAGACAUAUAUUUUAAAGUUGUUCAUUACUAAGACAAAUGCAUGACUGGUGACAAUGGAAACUGACAAGCCACCAGCAGGAGCACAAAAAAAUGAGCUGGCUAGCCUGCGGCUGUGCAUUACUGAGCCGGCCUUCUCAGAGGAUCCCAGGGUCAUUCACGCAGCAGAGGUUCUGAAGCUGCCUAUAACGACGAAAUCAAUAGAGGAGUGUCUGGCAGAUACAGAAUACGAGACAAUCUUUCUAGUCAAGGAGUUCGAUGGCGACCUUUACACCCAUCUCGUGGAAUCCGAGGGAGUUGUGGUGGGACGGCCGGCUCUGCUCGACAUCGUGGCGCGCCACAUCCCCAUGCCGAACCUGGCGCGGCCCCUCUACUCUGCGGCCAUGAAGGACGUCACCAUGUGCUUCACCGGCUUCAGGAUGCGGCAGCAGCUGAAACGUCUGGUGGACCUGGUACACCACCUGGGUGGCUCGGUGCGCCGCGAGGUCGGACCCAACAUCACACACGUCGUGGCCAACGCCUGCUCCGGAGACAAGUACAGGUACGCGGUUACAUUUGGCCUGCCCGUGCUGCGAGACACCUGGAUCGAGACUGUGUGGCAGCGGCGAGAGGAGCUGGGACUGAUCGCCACGCACAGAGAUAUCAUGGCACCGCACAGGGUGCGGCCGUUUUUCGGCGCGCGAGUCCGCCUGCUGGGCUUCUCGUCCGAGGAGAGGGAGCACAUGGCAGAGGUGCUGGUGGACAACGGCGGUCAGCUGGCCAGCGAGGAGCCUGGCGCCGAGCCCUGCACACACCUGGUGGUGGACGACAGCACGGUGCAGGAGCUGCCGGAGCCGCCGCCCGACCGUGCUCACCUGGUUAAGGCCGAGUGGUUCUGGGCCUGCAUUCAGAUGGACGCCGCUGCCGACGAGAGCAUGUACCGCUUCCAGACCCCACCGGCCCGGGAGGUGCCCAGCCCGGCGGCGGCCACCCUCCUCAUGCCCACCAUCACCCCGAGCUCGCGCACCACGCGCAAACGGAAGCGGCUCCGCGAGACGCUGCACCAGCUGGCGCGCGACACGCCCAGCCCGGCCGUGACGUCACCCACCGGCGGCCAAUCGCAGCCGACGGCCAAGCGGCGCUCGUCCAUCACCGACAUCAACCUGCUGUCGACGUCGGGCUCCUUCCUGGACGCCACGCCGGGCGGCGACACCGACACCUCGACAUUCGCCGGUCCCGGCGCCUGUCCGUCCCGCCUGACUCCAAUCUUUGAGAAUCCUAACCUGUCGGUGGACCCGCCGAACUAUACCCCCAACACCCCGCCUCCGCCGCCGCCUCCACCACCGCCGCUCUCUGCUGUCGAUGGCACCUCACCUGCGCUGGGCGCGUCGCCGGCGCUGGCGGCCGACCUGCGCUCCAUGUCGCCGCGGCAGCAGGUGUUUCACGAGCUGCUGCAGACCGAGACCAACUACGUCAAAGUGCUGCACACCGUGGUCACGCUGUUCAAGGAGCCACUGGAGGGCGCUGAUCAGGUGGGCGGGCCUCUGCUGGAGCCGCCCGAUAUUAAGAUAAUUUUCGGCAACAUCCCGCCCAUCUACGAGGUGCACUGCCAGCUGCGGGAUGACCUGGCGGCCAUGGCCGGCCGCUGGCGUGACGAACUCUCGGUCGGCGAGGCCGUCAUCAAAUACGGUGACGACCUGAUGCGCUCCUACCCGCCGUUCGUCAACUUCUUCGAGAAGUCGAAGGAGACGCUGGUGCGGCUGGACCAGGCGCGGCCGCGCUUCCACGCCUUCCUCAAGAUCAGCCAGAGCAAGCCCGAGUGCGGCCGCCAGACGCUGCAGGAGCUGCUGAUCCGGCCCGUCCAGCGACUGCCCAGCAUGAUCCUACUGCUCAACGACAUUCUGAAGCACACACCCAAAAGUCACCCGGACCACCAGAAGCUGGAGGAGGCCCUGGCUAAGAUCAAGGAGGUGAUGACCCACAUCAACGAGGACAAGCGGCGCACCGAGGGUCAGAUGGCGCUCUUCAACAUCUUCAACGACAUCGAGAACUGCCCGGCCCACAUUGUGUCGUCCCACCGGUCGUUCGUCACACGCUGUGAUGUGGUGGAGAUCAAGGGUGACGGUCUGAGCGGCCGCGGCGACCACCUCAUCAUGUUCCUGUUCUCCGACAUGCUGGAGGUGUGUAAGAAGCGUGCGCGGUACAACUCGCUGCGCUCGCCGUCGGCCGUCAGUUUGCAGGCGGCGGCGCGCUCCUUCAAGCCGUACAAGCACGUGGAGCUGAUGCCGCUGGCGCACAUCAAGCGCGUGGUGGACAUCCGCGAGACGGAGGGUAAGGCGGCGGCGUGGGGCGGUCGCUCCGCCGCCGGCCGGCGCCUCUCCUCGGUCUCCUUUGCCAGCCUGGUGUCGGCGGCCUCGUCCGAGUCCUCGCUCCUCUCAGAGUGUCACAACGUGUUCACGCUGAUCUGCCGGAGCAACCAGGAGCUGAAGGAGCGUCACUACACGUUCACCAUCAGCUCCGAGGACGUGCAGAAGGAGCAGUUUCUGCGCACACUCUGCAGGCAGAUGGCGCACGUCACCUGCCGCGCCGACGCCGAGAACUUCCUGACGGUGCUGGACCCGCAGCACCUGGACAUCGAGAGCAGUGAGGUGGCCGGGUCGAGCACACUCAGCCGCGUCUCAAAGUUCGCCACCAAGACGGGCCGCAAGGUGGGGCGCGCGUUCAGCUUCAAGCAGACUCCCAACAAGCUGCGCCGCGCCGUGUCGACCGUCAUCAGCCCGUUCCAGGGCGGCACGCCGUCCGGGCCCAUGUCCGAGAUGAGGAUGGCCUCCUCCUCCAACCUGAGGCGUCUGAUCCACCAGUCGUCAGCGGCGCUGCUGCCCUCGCCGUCCCGGCCGCCGCCGGCGCCGCUACCCAGCUAGCUAGAGGCUAGCGCGUGCUCAGAAAGUGUCCAGACGUCGACCCAGCGACGCCGCUCGCUGCGUUCAGCGGCGCCGCCACCAUGCCCCACCCCCAGUCUACAACGCCUCUCUCAUCUAAGAAGAAGUUUAAGGCAAGCUCGCUGGGGUAUUCAGCGUCAAAGCUCCUGUAGCCGGCGCGGCAGUGACGGCGUACCGCCGCUGCCGGAGCGCAGCCUGCCGCGGCGGCUGGCGCGCGCGCUCAGUCUCACCGGCGUGCAGGGCUCGACGGCGCCCGGCUGACAGCGACACUUUGUGAGCACGCGCCCGUCCCGGUGCCGGGGCGGUCUGUACAUACGGAGAGAGUGGGGCCGGCAGCAGCCAGCCGCCGGCCCGGAGCGUCUGUGUGCGUGUGUGCGUGACGGGCCUCUGAGGACCUCUGAGGCCCGUCGGGGUAUUUAUACUCGAUUAAGUAACGGGACCACUGCUGCGUAGCGUGCCGACCGACCUGGCCCGCGGUGGGAGUGUUUUCUGUUGACCGCUGGCUGCGCGGGGCGGCUCCCUCGGCCGCAGUCGGGACGGCCGGCGGCCCGGCCCCGCUUAGUCACCCAUCUAUCAGCGCGCGUUUUCUGGGUAUCAGCCAUGACUCACUUCUUGUUGUCGAUCUGUGUGAGUGCGUCGAGUGCCUGUGAUCGAGCCGGGUUGCAGUGUGGUUGAACAGUGAGGCGCCCGGCGAGCCCGUGAUAGGCUAGACGUGGCGUGCUGGUGCGAGUGUGCUGGCGAGAGAUGUAGGUACUAAUGGACGGAAUUGUGAGAUUAUCCGGCUCGUGAGUGUGUGUGUGACUAGAAACUGCCCUCGCUUCGGGAAUGAUACUAUUCAUCAUCUUCUGUUAUACUCGUGUGUAUCAAGCGCCUGCGCCAGUGAUUCGCUGCAUUUACGUCAAAUCGCCAAGCUAGGUCCGUUCUAGGUUUUAUACCGGUUGUCCUGUGAGGAUCUGAAUACAUUAGUAGUGCUUUCUAUUA